AGCGCGCCCGCAGCCACCGCAUCGCUGCAGCCGCCGCUCCGGGUACUGCCCUGCGCUGCCCCGCGCCCUUCCGGCUACUGCCCUGUUCUGCUCUGCCCCGCACCGUUCCGGGUACUGCCUUGUUCUCCUCUGCCCCGCACCGCUCCAGUCGCCGUCUCCGCUCCCAGUCCCGGUGUUGGUCCUGCUCCGUGCCGUCGCCAUGCCGUUCCUGGGGCAGGACUGGCGCUCCCCCGGGCAGAGCUGGGUGAAGACGGCCGACGGCUGGACGCGCUUCCUGGACGAGAAGAGCGGCGGCUUCGUGGGCGACAUCAGCAGCUUUUGUAAAAAAGAUGAUCACAACAAAGAGAAUCUCUUCAACAGCAUAAACUAUGAUGUUGCUGCCAAGAAGAGAAAAAAAGAUCUGCUGAAUAACAAAGCCAAGACUCAAUACUUCCACCAGGAAAAGUGGAUCUAUGUUCACAAGGGAAGCACAAAAGAGCGCCAUGGUUACUGCACCUUGGGAGAAGCCUUCAACCGGCUUGACUUCUCCAGUGCUAUCCUGGAUUCCAGGCGAUUCAACUACGUCGUGAGGCUGUUGGAGCUGAUAGCAAAGUCUCAGCUGACGUCACUGAGUGGCAUUGCCCAGAAAAACUACAUGAACAUUUUGGAAAAAGUGGUUCAGAAAGUCCUUGAAGAUCAGCAGAACAUUAGACUAAUAAGAGAAUUGCUGCAGACCCUCUACACAUCCCUCUGCACAUUAGUUCAACGGGUCGGCAAGUCUGUCCUGGUUGGAAACAUCAACAUGUGGGUGCACAGGAUGGAGAGCAUUCUUCACUGGCAGCAGCAACUGAACAACAUUCAGAUCACCAGGCCUGCCUUUAAAGGAACCACUCUGACCGACCUGCCGUUGUGUUUACAAUUGAACAUCAUGCAGCGACUGAGCGAUGGGAGGGACCUGGUUAGCCUGGGUCAGGUGGCUCCUGACCUCCAAGUGCUCAGUGAAGACAGGCUGCUGUGGAAGAAACUGUGUCAGUACCACUUCACGGACAGACAGAUUCGCAAACGUCUGAUCUUAUCUGACAAAGGACAGCUGGAUUGGAAAAAAAUGUACUUCAAGCUCAUAAGGUGUUACCCACGGAAGGAGCAGUAUGGUGACACACUGCAACUGUGCAGGCACUGCCACAUCCUUUCCUGGAAGGGUACUGAUCACCCCUGCACAGCCAACAACCCAGAGACUUGCUCCACCUCUCUUUCACCACAAGAGUUUAUCAACUUGUUCAGGUUCUGAACUUGGGUCAGCGCAGCUUAUGCAAUUCCUACAGGACACUGUCACAGAGCUUGGACACUCCAUUUGUAAAUAGUGUAAAUAUUCAUGUUUGCUUGAAGCUCCUGAGUCAAGGAACAAGAGGAUCUCGGAGAAGAAAGGUGAAGUUGCUCACUGACAAGCAGCACUUAAGGAAUACAGACUUCCAUAAGAAUGGUGUAUAAAUACAGCAUGUUGUACAGAGUCCCUUUUUUAUCAUCAGAGUACAAGAUACAGGGCAAAAAGACCUUCAUUUUUUGUUUUUAGAAGUUAAAAAUGAAUUUGCCCCGCAUCCAUUUGAGAACUCUCUUGGUUUGUUUCUAAUAGAGAGAAAGCAAUAUGAGGCUAGGACUGUUGAACUGUUCCUCCAUCUGGUUUUAUUUAGCAUACAUAUUUAUAAGUAUGACAUUUCAGAAAUAUUUAUGAAAAAUAUCCCUGUGACAAGUUUAAUAAUACUUUUGUGUUUUUAAAAGGACACAUUCUGAAGUACUUAGGAUAGAAAUCUAGCCUA